AUGGAGAGUCGCGCCGAUGACGACGAUGAGGAUGUGUUUACCUGCAUCUGCCUAUUAGCCUUUAUAGGCCUUGGCAGUGGAACGGAGAUGGAGAAAGUCAUGCCAUCGCGAUUCGAGAUCGAGAGUUCGAUCAACCGGACGAUAGAGGAAGUGGAGAAGAUGGUAAGGGAAAAUCCCAGUUUGCCAAAUCUGAGUCGCAACGAUAUUGUCAACAUUUUAUACAACAUAACGACCAACGACAUGAUUUCUGCCGAACAUGAAGCUCUGAACGCUAUACAAAAAACAAGAGAAGAUUAUCAGCGUGCCCUGAUUGUAGUUUUACCAUACAAACCUGAAGAUUCUGGAGAAAAUCUGAAAGAAUUGUUUACGAAGCCUCCGUUGACUAAGAUGGUAGAAGAUGAAACGAGAAAAGAUUCUCAAAUUCAAACGGCUUACGAUUUCUUUGCUAAAAAUAAUACUCAGCAAUCAGAGAACCUUAUUGAAAAUAAACAUCAGCUGAUCAGUGCUCAUAUGAGAUUUGAUCAUGUCAAGGAAACAACAACUACAGAAAAUAUUAAUAAUCAGCGUUUUAGGCCAACGUCAGUUACUACGGAGGUACCCCAAAGAACGAAGUCUGAAUCGUCACCUCAAAAAUUUACAUUUAACUUCGAUGGUAUGGACCAGAGAGCUGAAGCGUCGCAUACAUCUGUUGCUACUAAACGACCCGUUUAUAAAGGAACUUUCUCGCGUUAUAGAACGAGCACGCAAAAACCACCGAAGCUUGAAAUUAUUACAAGUAUAACACCUAAACUAACGACAACUACAGAGUAUGUGUCGCAAACAACAACAACGAAAAAACCAGCUAACAAUAUUUUAUUGUCAAAUCAAUGGCGUUACAAUGCUCCACCGAAAUCGAGAACGACGUCAACGACGAUGAUACCAGAUGAUUCACCAUGGAAGCCGAUGUCAGCUAUGAACGGAUAUUUUGUUCCAACAAUCGAAAAUGUAGAACAAGCUGAUGAGCCCAAUUCUGAGGUCAUAUCAGUAGCAACUUUUCCCAGGGUAACUGCAGCUCCAACAGCUACAACAAAUCGUCCGAUUUCAAUAUUCGUAACGCCAAGCGCUUCGACAAAUAAAAAAUUAGUGAACGAUAAUGUUGAACCAGUUCCGGAUGUUUUCAAAUUGAUAACAGUUGAACCAACAACAAUGAGAGCAGAGGUCAUGCAAUUAUUGAAGUCGAUUGGCUUGCAACCAAUGAAGUUGACAUAUCCACAGAACGAUGCUAAAAUUAAUAACCAUAAAGAUAAUUUUAGCGAUCAAUUCGAUACACAUUUAGAUAGUGAUAAUCAACCUUUAAAGUACGAGACUGUAAAAGUAAACAUGCCGAAACCAACAACUGACAACUCGUUCACAGCACCAUCGGAUGUCAAAGCAGGAGUGAAGAAUUUAUCACCGGAUAUUCAAUUACUUUUUCAGCAAUUUGGAUUACAAUCAAAUAGACAACCGCAAGUAGUGAUGACAAGUACCACUAUUACAACUCCUAGGCCAACACGACCUCCAAGCACAAACUCUUAUACACACUUUAAGCCUCUGCCGACUACUCCUGUGAAGGAUCUAGAUUUUCGUAAUUUCCUUGCUAGAUUUGGAUUAGGACUUGAUGAUAGCCGCAAUCAAAAAGCCAUUCAGUCAAAGCAGAUUACUAAAAGGCCUUCCUUAAUAGACAUGGUUCCUGAAAAUAUGAAAAAAAUGUUAGAAAACAUCGGGCUUAUUAGGAAAACUCCAAAACCAGAAACAGAGAGGUCAAAGAGGUUCGAAGUUCAAACGCAAGUUCCAAAACUCGAGGAGAAAAUGACAGCUCCAAUCGAACAUAUCUUCAAACCUCAAGAAACCGAUAUGAAUAACGAGGAACAAAAUAAUAAAAUUAAGAAUCUUCUUCACACGGUUAAAAUGGUUCAAGAGGGCAAAGCUGGAGUGCAAGAUGUACAAAGGGUAGCGCAUGAUUUGCUACAGAGCACAAAAACUCUUGCCAACGGUCCGGAUCCACUAAAAUUAGAAGAAAUUUUAAGCAAUUACCGAAAUAGUUUAAAAAACGAAGUCAAGAGACAGCAGGAGCAGACAAGUACUAUGCGUGAUAAUACUGCAGAAGUGACAGAAAAAUCAGAUGAUAUAUCGUUGUCUUCGGUCGUUACAACUGAUUCAUCUGGAGCACUUUUGGAUUUCUCAGAAUCUUCUGCCAGCGAUGAUGAAUCAACAACGGCAAAAGGCGACCAGUCAUCUUCAUCGUCAAUGACUGACGGAAAAACAGAAAAGCCUAAUUUCUUUGAUUCUUUUGAUAUUACUAAAUACCUGAACAACGGUACUGCCAGCAGCACAAAAGCAGCUCCAUUAAGUUCCGGUUCGACGGAGAAGCCAAACUUUUUUGAUACUUUCAAUGUGAAUGACUAUAUUAACAACACCGAGGAUUCAGCGAAGAACAUAAAACCAAAUAUUGACGAUCUCGAGGAAUCUUUCGGCGGUAGCACACCCGAGCCAGACCCCAUGUUACCUACGAGGCCGAAGACGGGUCUCUACUUUUUAGUAGAUUGGAAUUCGUUUUUGGAAGUAGGCGCGGAUGAGAAAGAUAAAGUCAAUUUGAGAUUUUCACCGAAAGUUGGUGAUAAAACACGGUUUAUACCGGUCAAGAUCCCGUAGAAA